AUGGGAGUGAUUAGGAUCAAUGUCAGGAAGGACAGACAGAAAUGCCUGUCAAAUCCAUCAAAGAGACCUAGUAUCGAGCAACUGGUCAUAAAGAAAGACGAGUUCCAAAUCCUCCUAACGAACAGAUUCAGUGCACUAGAGCUAGAAGGUGAAGAUGGAGUAGAUGAAAUGAACGAUAAAAUAACGACCACCAUCCUAGAAUGUGCAUCAGAAGUCGCACCGGCCAGUAAAAUGAAGGACUCAAAGCUCUCAACAGAAAUGAGGAUUCUCAUAAAGAAAAGACGGAUAAUGAAGAAAACUGAGGUAAACAACAACAGGGACAUCAGAAACAACAUUGAAUGUGCAGAACUGGAUAAGACCAUCAAGAAGAUGGCAAGGGAAGACAUCAGGAAGCAGAACAUGAAGAAGAUAGCAGAGACCAUCGAAAAUGGAAAGAGCAUGAAAAGAGCAAAGAGAUCCUUUCAACUAGGGCAGGAUAGAAUGCUGACUCUUCUAGACAAAGAUGAAAAUGAGCUCACCACACAAGACCAGAUAUUAGAACGAGUAGAAGAAUUCUAUGGAGAGUUGUAUGACAGCAACAAGGGAAUAGAAAUCUCAACAAAGGCAUGCGAUCUACCAGACAUAACAGCUUGGGAAGUAGAGUCAGCAGUCCAGAAAAUGAAGAACGGAAAGGCAGCAGGAAAUGACAACAUCAAAGCAGAAAUGGUAAAAGCAGGAGGAGAUAUCCUAUCUCAGGAAUUAGCCAAGCUCUUCACAAAGUGCUUACAUCUGAAGGAAAUUCCUGUAGCAUGGAAGAACGCCAACAUGAUCAUAAUGUUCAAAAAGGGCAAUAGGAAAGACAUCAAGAAUUACAGACCCAUCUGCCUACUUUCUAAUUUGUACAAGAUUUACACCAAAAUAUUGACCGAAAGGCUAACAAGACAACUAGAUGAAGCGCAGCCAAAGGAACAAGCAGGUUUCAGAGGCCAGUACACCACUACUGAUCAUAUGCACACUGUCAACCAGCUCAAAGAGAAAUGUCUCGAGUAUAACAUUCCACUAUGUGUAGCAUUCGUUGAUUAUGAAAAAGCCUUCGACUCAGUAGAAACCCAGUAUAUACUGGCAUCCCUGCAAGAUCUAGGGAUCGAAGAUGGAUACGUAGACGUCCUCAGAGACGUAUACACUGAUAGCUCUGUAACAGUCAAACUACACAAGACCACCAAUAAGAUCAAGAUCAAGAAAGGUGUACGCCAAGGAGAUACAAUCUCUCCUAAACUGUUCACAGCAGCAUUGGAACGUAUAUUCAGGGAUCUUGACUGGCAGGACAAGGGCAUAAACAUAGACGGUACCAGGCUCAAUCACCUUAGGUUUCAGACGACAUCAUAA